AUGGCUUCUACUGAAAAUUCGAUACCUUCUACUACUACAUCUUCUGAAGAACGACUGUCAGAAGCCUUGAAGGGCAAACCAACAGGAGAAAAUGAUGGAGAUGAAGUUGUGAAGCCAGAAGGAAUGUCAAAACGGCAGAUGAAGAAACAGAAGAAGCUGGAAAUGAAGUUGGAGAGGCGGAAAGAGCUAAGGGUACUGGAAAAACAAAGAAAGAAGGAGAAGCGACAAGCCAUGAGAGAGCAAGGAUUAGGAGACUUGUUGAAGAAGAAAAAAUACUACAGUAUGGCUGGAUCUUCAUGUAAGCAACGCAUUGUGGUCGACAUGGCUUAUGAGGACGUAGGUUUUUUAGAAUUAGGUAUUUCUAUUGGUUUUGGACGGCAUUUUUUAAGUUCGUGAAGUCAAAGUGGUGGAUAGCACUCUCUUUCAUAGCAUUAGCCUUCGAUCUUGGUUAUUUAACUCAAGUAAUAUAUUUUCAGCUGAUGACGACCAAUCUUAUUCGAAACACAAUAGCACAAUUGAGCUUCUGCUACAGUGCGAAUCGUCAUAGUGAAAAUCCAGCCCAGUUCUAUAUAGCCAAUGUCACUGGUGAAACACGAACUUUGUUUGACAAUUUACGAGGAACUGCGAAUUGGGAUGUAAAUGUGCAUAAUGAAACUGUAGAAGACCUGUUUAAGCCUUCUGAGGUUGUUUACCUGACUUCAGAUUCGGAAAACACUUUGGAGACGCUAAGUGAAGAUGAUGUUUAUGUUAUUGGUGGAUUGUUGGAUCAUAACAGGUAUCCAGAGGCUAGUUUGAAGCGAGCUCAAGCCAAAGGAUGGAGGCAUGCUAAAUUACCAAUUGGGGAGUUUAUCAAGAUGAAUACCCGAAAGGUAGGAAGAGCUUUUUUGAAGGGGGGCUAAAGCCUAUCUAUGCCGUGAAACGUUACCAUUUUUAAAGUUUUAUUACAUAAAUUUCUUAUAACUUCAUGCUGAUCUCUUAAAUUUCAGGUUUUAACAAUAAAUCAAGUCUACGAGAUUCUUCUUCAGUACCUAGAGCACAAAAACUGGGAAGAAGCCUUCUUUAAAGUCAUUCCGAAGAGGAAAGGAGCUCAGAAGAUUGAAGAUGAAAAUGAUCAAGCUACAGCAGGGAUUCUUGAAGCAGAUGGUACAGAAGAGGUCCAUGGUACAGAAGACACAGAUACUGUAACACAAGAAACAGUGAGAAAGUAA